AUGAAGAGCUGCUUCAAGCUUGUACAAGAUUACUUCAAUGACAGCUUGCCCACCCUUGAUUUCUGUGCUUCCCUCGAGAAUUGCUUGAAGCAUGUGCGUGAUGCCCAUUUGCAGAUUUUCACCGCCCUUCAUUGCUUUGAAGAAGAAGAUGGGGAGGGCUGUUGCAGUUACUCAAAAAUCUUGGAGGAACUGACAAAAUUCAAGGAGACCGGAGACCCUUUCACCAGGGAGUUCUUUGAGCUCUUUCAGACAAUUUACAAGCUACAGAAGUUCAUGCUCAAGAAGUUGUGGAUCAAGAAGAAGAAGAUUGAGAAGAAGCUUAAGAGCAUACAGAUGUGGAGGAAAAUCUCAAGCAUGAUACCGGUUGUAACUUUCGCAGCCAUUCUAAUCUAUUCUGUCACAACUGCUAUGGUGGCUUCUCCGCCAGUUGUUGUUGCCCUAGCGGCUGCAACCGCCAUGGAUGUGAUUGGCAAGUGGAUUGACUCCCUUUGGAAGCAUUGUGAAGAAGCACUGAAGAGACGGGAGGAGGUGAUCACCUCGAUGCAAGCCAGCAUCUUUGUUGCUCUCAAGGACCUGGAUAAAAUGAGAAUUACGAUUGACCCUUUGGAGGUACAGAUGAAGAGCUUCUUGCAGAGAGCUGAUUUUCCAACUGAGGCAGGAGCAGAAGCAGUAAAGCUCGGGAUAGCAGACAUUAAGAAGAAGCUGAGAGACUUCAUGAAGGACGUCAAAGGACUGGGAAAGGAUGUCGAUAUGUGCAGCUGCAAUAUCCAGAGAUCAAGGCUAGUGGUGCUUCAGAGGAUUAUAAAGCCUCCCACCAAUUGCAAUGGUGCCUCAAUGUCGCUAUAG